CGUGGAGAGGCACGUUCUCAGUUGGGUGACGGCUCCCGAGCUGCUGUUUUUUGGAAACUAGCCCUUCGUCUUGAUGCGGCAUGUCAGGCUGCAUGGAAUAGGUUACAAGAUUUUCAUCUUUUGACGUCAUCCGAAUGCCAUGACCUUGUUUUGAGCUUACAUUUCGGAGAGAAGGCGUGGUUGCGGGAUUUGUACAUGGCCAGCAUCGCGCUUACACCUCAGGAUACAGAGAAGCCAGAUACCGAAGGCUCAGGACCCGACUACAAACUAAAUCAUUCACCCCAAGUUCUGGCCAUGGCAGCCCGGCGUGCAUAUCGCCAGUACGAUUGGUCUGGGGCGCUCAAGCACUGCCAAGCGUUGGCAGUGCUAGACCCGUCAAUGGCCGGCGCCGCUUACUGCUACGUAGCCACGCUCGUAAUUCUUGGGCACAAGCGUGUUUUGUUCCGUCUCGCCCACGAAUGGGUCGACGCCAACCCUAAAGCGGCCUGUGCCUGGUUUGCUGUCGGUGCUUACUACUUCUGCUGCGAGCGUUAUCAUGUCGCACAGCGCCAUUUUUGUCGGGCGACGCGCCUCGAUUCGUCUUGUGCAGAGGCGUGGAUUGCCUUUGGCUGUGCCUUUUCAGCUUGCGAUGAAUCUGACCAAGCACUGGCAUCCUAUCGAGCCGCCCACCGUCUUAGCCCUGGGGAGCAUACGUCGCUAUUGUACAUGGGAAUGGAGUACGCUCGAACCAAUCACAAAGUCUUGGCAGAAUAUUUUUUACAAUCGGCCUGGGCAUCGAGCGGUGGUGAUCCGCUGUGUUCGCAUGAAUUGGGAGUAUUGUAUGCACAGAAAGGUCAACACGAAAAAGCAGUUUUUUGGUUUCACCGGACGUUGCGAUGUUUGGACCUUUGUCAGGAUCCCUACUGGGAGGCGACUCUGUAUAGCUUAGGACACUCGUACCGCAAGAUGCGACAGUAUGAAGUGGCAGCCUCUUGUUUCGAUCGAUGUACCGCAUUGUGUCCCAUGAAGUUCUCAACAUACUCUGCCCUUGGUUUAACAAAGCACUUGAAUGGUGAUGUGGAUGGCGCUAUUGACCUCUACCAUAAGGCGCUAUGCUAUCGACCGGACGAUUCUUUUAGUACAGAGAUGUUAAAAAGAGCUUUG